AGAUCGUGUUUCUGUGUUAGCACACUUGAGCUUCAUCUUCACCACCAUGGUUGAACAGUUUGUUGGAACCUGGACUCUGACUGCCAGCGAGAACUUUGAUGAGUACAUGAAGGCGAUCGGUGUGGGCUUCGCCACGCGCCAAAUGGGCAACAUGGUAAAACCCAACCUGGUGAUCAGCGUGAGUGAUGCUGGGGUUAUUUCAAUGAAGUCUGAGAGUACUUUCAAGACCACGGAGAUAAAGUUCAAAGUGAACGAAGAAUUCGACGAGACGACCGCAGACGGCCGAGAGACUAAGUCCACCGUCACAUUUGAAAAUGGCAAACUUGUGCAGAAACAGACCUGGGAUGGAAAGACGACGACACUGGAGCGGGAGAUUCAAGAUGGAAAACUAACAGCUAAAUGUAUCAUGGGUGAGAUUGUUGCAAUGAGGACCUAUGAGAAGGUUUAAGUCAUUAAACACCAAAGCUGCUGCAUGAGCCUGGACCUCUGUUCCAUUACAAACAUCAAAUGCACUGAGAUAUUGCCAAACAUGCCAAUAAAGUCUGAACUGUGAUA